AUGGCUAUUCGUCAAGGCAUGUCGGCCUCUUACUCCCUUAGAUCCUCUACUGCUCCAUAUAACACCCAACAAACUGGCAAGAUUAGGGUACCUGUAAUUCAAUCUCUGCCUGACAGCCACAAAUGGAGCAUAGCCCACGACCUCACGUUGGUCUCUAAUCCAUCACAGGAUUAUGAAUAUCUUUUGGGAAAUCGCAUUUCAAUUGUUGAGGAUGACGUUCAAAACAAACACGCAAGAAAAUUGAAGGAGGUCCGGCAAGUACUGAGCAAAGCCGGAGAAGAGCCAUUGGAGGGACUAUUUUUGAUUGAUGCUAUCCAACGCUUAGGCAUCGAGUACCACUUUCAAGAGGAGAUUGAAGCAAUUCUACAUAGGCAGUAUAUGGCAAUUAACACAGAUGUUCAUAAAUACAAAGAUCUUUAUGAGGUCUCACUGGGUUUUAGACUGUUGAGACAAGAAGGUUACUAUGUCCCCCCAGAUGUGUUUAGCAACUUCAACAGCAAGGAGGGGAAGUUCAUAGGAGAACUGAGUAAAGACUUGAAGGGGGUCGUGGCUUUAUUUGAGGCUUCGCAACUAAGUAUAGAGGGAGAAGAUAUACUUGAUGAGGCGACCAACUUUAGUAGACAGGUUUUAAAUGAAUGGGUGACACGUCUUGAUCAUCAUCAAGCCAGAACUGUGGCAUUCACAUUGAGAAAUCCCUACCACAAGAGCUUGGGAAGAUUCAUAGCAAAGAACUUUAUCAUAGAUUUUAGAGGUACCAAUGGAUGGGAAAAUGACUUGCUAGCACUGGCAAAAAUGGACUUCAGCUUGGUUCAAUCCAUACACCAGACCGAAAUAUGUCAAGUAUCCAAGUGGUGGAGAGACCUAGGUUUGGCUAAGGAGUAA